AUGUCAAAUCACAAAAGCACUGAGCCAGCAUUGAAGAACCUUGAGAUCCAAGUGGGCCAACUAGCCAAACAAUUAGCUGAAAAGUCAUCCAAUAGCUUUGGGGCGAACAUAGAAAAGAAUCCCAAAGAGGAAUGUAAUGCUGUGAUGACAAGAAACAAGAAGCGUUUGGUAGUUGAGGAUGAAGAUAGGGUGGCUUUGGAGAAACAAAUUGUUGUAAAGGAUGGCACUGAGAAAAAGAAAGAGGAGGAGAAUAUUAUUGUGGAAGGCAACUGCAGUGCUAUAAUAGAGAUAAUUCUUCCACCAAAACAUAAGGAUCCUGGAAGUGUUACUAUUCCUUGUUCAAUCGAUGAAGUCACUAUGGGAAAGGCUCUCAUUGAUUUGAGAGCCAGUAUCAACCUAAUACCGCUCUCCAUGUGUAGAAGGUUGGGAGAGUUGGAAAUCAUGCCCACGAGAAUGACUUUACAACUUGCUGACCGAUCCAUCACAAGACCUUACGAGGUAAUUGAGGAUGUUUUGAUAAGAGUGAAACAUAUGGUCUUUCCAGCUGAUUUUGUGGUCAUGGAUGUGGAGGAAGACCAUGAGGUUCCAGUCAUUUUGGGACGUCCCUUUAUGUCAACUGCAAGCUGCAUAAUUGAUAUGAGAAGAAAGACACUGGAGAUGGGUUUUGAAGAUCAGAAGAUCAAUUUUGAUCUUUUUGAAGAAAACAAGCCGGUGCCAGAGCAUAAUGUUUGCUUGCAGGUGAUGGAGGUUGAAGAAGAAGUCUUGAAGCUCCUUCAGUCCCAGCUCAUGUUGACUCUCAGUGCUUCAAAGUAUCCAUCAGGGACAGAUUCUAUUGCUGCAGAGCCUACAGGUGGUAGCUCCUCAAGAAUCCAUCCUAUAAGUAGAGCAGUACAGGAUGCUUCAUCUGAGACCACCAUUCCAGAGCCAUUCACUCUUCAUCAUGAGGAAGGUGAAGAACAGGUGAGACCAGAGACUGCUGCUACUCCUGAGAGAUCACUUGAGGGCACAUCAGAGCCUCCUACUCCAGUGGCAGACCUCUCCUCACCACAGCCUGCAGCUGAACCUUCCACUCCCAAACUUGAGAUACUAGAGGACCCAACCACAUUAGUCCUGGCACUGAACACCUCUCCUCCAGCUACUCCAGUACUUCACUUGACAGGAGAGGAGGAUGCUCAGACUCAGGAUACCCAGGAUCUGUCUCUGGAAUUUUAA